GCAACUCACCCGGACGAGGCCUCAGUGAUGUCCCACACGUUGGCAGCGCCCACCAUGUUCCUGACGAUCAUGACAGUAGUGCUUGGGCACUCUUGAAAUCUCUUGGCCACAGGUGGUGCAGAGGAGAGCAUGAACGCAAGGCCCACCGCCCGUUUUGACACGGCCGUUGGUUUCCAUGGUCGCGCCCUCGGUUCCGGGUUUAUUAGUUGAGAUGGGAUACAGGGUCUCAGAGGAGUAUACCAGAAAAACCCCUGAAAAACUUUCCAUGCCCCGGCCAUGCAAACACAAGCUUUGGCUGCCAGAUGCUGAGGAUAAUGGAUAGAACUGCAGAGGGAAAGAUGGAGAGGUGUGUGCAGCCAGCCACACAGACAUGCAAGUUGUGGCAGGCCGGUAGAUGAUGAAGUGAUGGAGAUGUUAGGAGGCCAUGGCCAUUGUGAUGCUGGGUGGCUGUUACUCUGGAACUGCCAUCUGCUGAAAAGGGUGCUGUGUAAUGACAUCCUCAGCCUGAAGGUGGCAGGAGAUCCAGUGCUAACCCCUAACUCGGUGUGCCUGAGGCUGGCAGGCCUCAGUAAGCGUCAGAUGCGGAUGUGUGUCCGGAGCCCCGAUGUGACAGCCUCCGCACUACAAGGAAUCCAGGUGGCCAUCCACGAAUGCCAGCACCAGUUCCGGGACCAGCGCUGGAACUGCUCCUCACUGGAGGGCCUUGGGAAGCUGCCCCAUCACAACACCAUCCUCAACAGGGGUUACCGUGAGAGUGCCUUUUCCCUUGCCUUAUUGGCAGCAGGUGUGGCUCACUCUGUGGCCUCGGCCUGCAGCAUGGGCAAGCUGCGGGGGUGUGGCUGUGAGGCCAAGCGUCGCCAGGACGAUGACAAGAUCAGGCUGAAACUCACACAACUGCAGCUGCAGACCCUGCAGAAAGGUGGGGUAGGCAUCAGCAUGACACGGUCAUUACCCUUGGAGUUAAAUGGUCGCCAUGGUGACCUGCCCGCUAACCUGCGCUCCACCCACCCCUCUGACCUGCUCAAGCCUUUGCCAGAUGAGUUGAGCUCCAUGCAGGAGACCUGGGAGUGGGGGGGCUGCAGUCAUGACGUCCGUUUUGGGGAACGUUUCUCCAGGGACUGGCUCGACUCCCGUGGGUCUCCAAGAGAUAUCCACGCUCGCAUGAGGAUACAUAACAACCGGGUGGGACGACAGACAGUAACUGACAACAUGAAGAGGAAGUGCAAAUGUCAUGGGACAUCAGGGAGCUGUCAGUUUAAGACCUGCUGGCAUGUGUCUCCAGAGUUCCGGCUUGUGGGUUCUCUACUCAAGGAAAAGUUCCUAUCAGCCAUUUUUGUGAACUCCCAGAACAAGAACAAUGGCGUUUUCAACCCUCGAACAGGAAACAGUGCCAGCGGGAGCACAGGGGGACUCAACGGAGGUCGGCGUCGCAGUAUGUCAAGAGAGCUGGUGUACUUUGAAAAGUCCCCCGAUUUCUGUGAGCGUGAUUCCUCUGUAGACUCUCUAGGUACACAAGGACGCAUCUGCAACAAAACCAGCUACAGCACAGACAGCUGCAACUCGUUGUGUUGCGGCCGUGGACACAACAUCCUGAAACAGACACGCAGCGAGCGCUGCAAUUGCCAAUUUCACUGGUGUUGCUACGUGCUGUGCGAGGAGUGUCGUCUCACAGAGUGGGUCAAUGUGUGCAAGUAGAUUCCAGUUCUCCCAGUCCCAGUUGCCUUUACCCAUCUAGGACUCAAGAUGGCGAGCCUGUCCCUUCGCCCACUUCUUUUGUUCGAGCAUUUGUUUUGCUCUUUGUGUAACUCUUCCAGAGAACCCCCCCCCCAUACACACACACACACACACACACACACACCUUUCUUAUUUUUGGUCCAUCAUCUGGGAUCCAUUUUCUCUUUGUAGCCACUGUUAUUCUCAAAAUGCCAAGUCAGAGAUUGAAGAGGUGACUCAUGUCAUUUGUCUUGUCAUAGUCUCUUUAUACUCUGCCCUCUCAGCCGUGAAAACAGUCUAUACCCUAUCUUUUCUAUCCAACAAAAAAAAGAUGCGCAACUACAAAAAAGCAUUUCUAUUUUAGUGUCUACAUGCUGACUCAUCUCGUUGUACAGUAGCUGUGUACUUUUAAUGUGUACAUGUAUAUUUGUAAAUGUAUUAUUAUUAAUAUUUUUAUUUUGUGUUGGCGCCUGUCCUUUUGGUUCUACUUAAUGACAAACUGAUGCUGGCCGAGUGGCUUAGGAGGGUGAACCAGUGCUGUUAGACCACAAAGUCUCAUUGCAGUUUAUCUUACAAGUUACUGUAUUUGGGACCUGUGACUCAGACAGAGCAAUGAUACUUAUUUGGGAGUCAGUCUCAAAAUCUUUCUAGACAAGGGUUUUACGAAUAGAAGAAGACAAGAUAGAGGAGUGUUUUUGGUGGUGUUUGAAGGGCCAGUACAUUUGAAAGAAAGCUUUCUCACAAAAGCAACAUGACUUUUAUAAGUUUAUCAAAGCUUGUAUACUUGUAAAACUCUAUAUGGGAAUGUUGAUACAACAUCAGUUUUAGAAACAGAUUCAGUCCUUCUAUCCCUUACUCUGAAUAACUCAUUUAAAUUUAUUUAUACCAUUGUAACAAUAAUAAUUACUUCAUGAGAGUGGUCACUAGUGGUCUUGUUUUAUGUCAACAUUGUGACAGAAAUAUACUUACUCUUGGUAUAACUUCGAUGUGAUGUAUGUCAAUUUCCUAUGAAAUCAUGACUGAGA